CCAUCGUCUGCACCCGGCGGAGAGUGAGUGUGUGUCAGUGCCAGAGUCUCUUAUGUCCUUGCUACCGACUGCAUCGCCUCACUAUGCCAGAGAACCCGCAAGCCCCGGCAGUGAACGGUGACCGGCAAGCAGGCGAAGCAGCGGGAAGCGCCAGCGCCGUGAACGCGAACGGGAACGGGGAGAUUCUCGACCAAGUCCGGAGGCAAGAGGACCUCACUUUGACAGAUCACGUCAACAGGAGGUUAUUGACGUCUUUCCUCAGUCGCAUCAACAGCAGUGCGGUCGACGUGCAAGAGCCUUCCGCCAACGUCCCCAACGGGAACGACUCCGCGAACGACGACAGUGACGAUUUUGCGGCCUAACGCUCAUCUACUCGUCGGGGGAGGUGCUGAGACGCGACCCUAACCUCACAAUCCGUGGCCCGACUGCAACAUCAUGACGACUAUCUCCAUUCGCAUUCGACUUACGAUUGCGGACAGUUUGAUUGACUAUUGCAUUUUAAGGGUUUUGAGUUUUGUUGACCGUGUAUUUCGCAUUAUGAGACUGACGAUCGAACCGUCCUGGUCCUCCUUGUUGUUUUAGUUUUUUUUUCAGCGCUGUAAUGUUGGGAGUCCUGAUUGGAUAACAACAGGUUUUUCCCGCCCACAGUAUUAGUUUCGAAGUUUUCUCAAAGAUUUGUGGCCCUGUUUUGUUCUGUUUGUGAAACCACUUGAUUGUUUCUCAUUGGAGGACUGUUCUUAUCGUACUUUAUAUUGUACGUGUUAAUUUCAAAUUAUAUGUGAAGUAUAUGUAGGUUUAAUAGUUAAAAGAAUACGUUAAGUACUGUUGCGGCUCCUACCUAACCUUAAGCCUGUUACUCGAAUGAAGUAAUUCCAUUCGCUGCGACAAUGGCAUACACUACAGAUGAUCUGUUUAGAGACAACCUUUUGGGUGACCCAAACGACUUAGACAAUUUGGUAGAGUUCAGAGACGAUGCCAAUAACUCAGAUGCAGAGGCAGGUGGCGAUAAUGAAAGAGGUGGAGAGGGCGAUGAUAAAGAUGAUGAAGAUCAGGAGGACAAAAAGGACGGUGAUAAGAAGCCAGAACAGAAGAUUGUCCGAAUCAAACGUCCUCAACCAAAACUGGAUGCAGAGAGGUUGAAGGGACCACGAGGUUUAAAAGAGUUGCGAAAGUGUAUGUCAGAUGUCAAGUUUCGCGGUAAAGGACAUGAAGCUGAAGACCUACAGCGAAUCAUGGCACGCAUGGAGCAUUGGUCUCAUCGUCUAUUUCCCAAAUUUCAGUUUGAUGAUUUUAUUGAGAAAGUUGAAAAGCUGGGGACUAAAAAAGUGGUUCAGAAUUACGUCAAGAGAAUGAGAAUGGGAAUACUGGAUGAUGAUGAUGAUGAAAACCGUCCACCAAAGUCUGAUGAUGAGGAGGCUGUAGAUAACCCUGAUCCUGCUGCCAAUGAAACUAUGGGAGAGUUUGAUCGCCUCUUAGCUGAGCAAGUGUCACUGCACCAGAACAAUAGUCUAAACUCUACUCGCACACCUGGUGCUGCCACUCCAAGAACACCUACCUUUCCACGGCCUGGUCAGGGUGCAUCCUCAACUCCUGAGCCUACCCUGACUCCAGAACAGCGCGCUAGGAUGGAAGCAAAUCGACUGGCUGCUUUAGAACGGAGGCGUGUUCGUAUGGAGGCUGCAGCUGCAGCCGCUGCUGCUACAGCAGCUGAAGUAGCUGAUGCAGCUGAAGCAGCUGACGCCGCCGCAGCAGCAGAGGCAGCGGAGCAACUGUCCUCCACAACCUCUACAACCAGCAAUUCUAUUCCAGUUCAAGAAGCAGGGAGUGAAGCUCCAAGAGAGGUUGCUGGCUCAACUGAAGAUUUUAAUGACAGCAGUGACUAGUCUCUAACAAGUACUCUUAAUCACUUAAGCUUUCUAUUACGAUACCAACUUUUCCUACAAAGUCAACUUGAUCUUCUGCUGUGAUCUAUGCCAUCUGUGCUAUUGUGAAUUUGGGUUAUUGCACCAUAUUCCUUUCAUAUUUUUUUAUUUUUAAUUCAGAAAAAAAAAUUGGGUC